AUGAUUGUGUCACUGUUUCGGCGAAAGGGCCAAAACGCCAACCGGAUCAUCGUCGACCGGGUGUUCCGGCAUGUCGUCGAUGCCGCACGGCAGCCGGUUCUCUAUGCCGAUUGGGGCAUCCCCGAUACGCCGCUUGGCCGUUAUGAAUCGCUCGGCCUGCACAUGAUCGUGCUGCUGCACCGCACGCGCGACAGCAGCGAACCGCUGCAGGCCCUGGCCCAGGAUGUGCUCGACGAGUUCUUCAAGGACGUCGAUCACUCGAUCCGGGAGCUAGGCGUCGGCGACGUCGGCGUUCCCAAGCGCAUGAAGAAGCUUGCCCGCAUGUUUUAUGGCCGCAUGGGACCCUACUGGGAGGCGAUGGAUGCCGGCGAUGCCGGGGCGCUGGCAGCCGCCCUCGGCCGCAACAUCAUGCCUGGCGAUGCCGCAACCGCCGAUUUCAGGGCCGAUGCGAUCGCCCGUUACAUGCUGGCCGCCGUCAAGGCGCUCGCCGCCCGGGACGAUGCGACGCUGCUCACCGGCGAUGUGGCCUUCCCCGAUGCCGGGGCGGUGGGGCGCGACGAGACGAUCGCAGCCGAUGGGGCGCAGUUGGAACAGUUGGCCGCCGCGCACGGUCUGCUGGCUGCCGACAGUUUCAAGGCCACCGUCCAUGUCCGGCGGUGGCAGCGUGACGGCGUCCGCCUGACCGGCCGGGUCAGCGCGCGCGUCACCCAGCAAUGCGUCGUCUCGCUCGAGCCGGUCGCCGCGACCGUCGAAGCCGAGAUCGACGCGAUCUAUGUGCCCCAGGGUUCGGCGCUGGAAAGGCGCAUGGAACCGGGCGAGGGCGGCGAUCUGAUCAUCGAUGCCGAGGGGCCGGACCUGCCCGAACCGUUCGAGCCGCCCAUGCUCGAUAUCGGCGCGGUGACCGAGGAAUUUUUCGCGCUCGCACUCGAUCCCUAUCCCCGCGCGCCAGGCGUUGCACCACCUUCCGAAAAGGCCGUCGAGCCGGCCGAAGAGCGGGAAAACCCGUUUGCCGCGCUCAAGGCGUUGAUGAGCAACACGGUGAUAACGGUCUCGGUGGAUGCGAUGGGCGGCGACCACGGCCCUUCGGUCGUCAUCCCUGGCGCGGCGAUCUCGCUGUCGCGGCAUCCCGGCAUGCGCUUCCUGCUGUUCGGCAAGAAGGACGAGAUCGAGGCGGCGCUUGCCGGCCAUCCCAAACUGCGCGAGGCCAGCACGAUCGUUCAUUGCGAUGUCGCCGUCAAAAUGGACGACAAGCCCAGCCAGGCCCUGCGGAACGGGCGCUGGAAGUCGUCCAUGUGGAAGGCGAUCGAGGCGGUCAAGUCGGGCGAGGCCGAUGUGUGCGUUUCGGCGGGAAACACCGGCGCGCUGAUGGCCAUGUCGCGCUUUUGCCUGCGCACGAUGGCCGAUAUUGAGCGUCCCGCCAUCGCCGCCAUCUGGCCGACGCUGCGGGGCGAAUCGAUCGUGCUCGAUGUCGGCGCGACCAUCGGCGCCAACGCGCUGCAACUGGUCGAUUUCUCGGUGAUGGGCGCGGCAAUGGCGCGCGCAUUGAUCGAGGUCGAGCGUCCGACCGUCGGCCUGCUCAAUGUUGGCGUCGAGGAGAUCAAGGGACAGGAAGAGGUCAAGGAAGCCGGGCGCCUCCUGCGUGAGGCCGAUCUCGACGGGCUCGACUAUCACGGCUUUGUCGAAGGCGACGAUCUGGGCCGCGGCACGGUCGAUGUCGUCGUCACGGAGGGCUUCUCCGGGAACAUCGCGCUGAAGACCGCCGAGGGCACCGCGCGCCAGAUCGGCGAAUAUCUGCGCGCGGCGAUGAGCCGGACGCUGAUGGCGCGCCUCGGUUACGUUCUGGCGCGCGGCGCCUUCCGUCGUCUCAGCGACCGGAUGGACCCGCGCAAGGUCAAUGGCGGCGUCUUCCUGGGCCUGAACGGCAUCGUCGUCAAAAGCCAUGGCGGCACCGACGAUGAAGGCUUUGCCGCCGCCGUCGACAUGGCCCAUGACAUGGUGCGCAACGGUCUGGUCGACAAGAUCCACCACGACAUUCACCUGUUCCACGACGGUCCUGGCCGCAGCACAAUGAUAAGAUCAGCCAUCACCGGCGUCGGCUCCGCAUUGCCGAAACGGGUCGUUCCGAACACCGAACUCGAGGCCAAGCUCGAAACCUCCGACGCAUGGAUCAGGCAGCGCACGGGCAUCACCCAGCGCUAUAUCGCCGGCGACGACGAAACCAGCGCGUCUCUGGGAGAAGCCGCUGCGCGCGCGGCGCUCGACGAUGCCGGCCGGACCCCCGACGAUAUCGACCUGAUCAUCGUCGCCACCUCCACGCCCGACAACACGUUUCCGGCCACGGCCGUUAACAUCCAGAACCGGCUUGGCAUGCACCAUGGCGCCGCGUUCGACAUCCAGGCCGUAUGCACCGGCUUCAUCUACGCGCUGACCACCGCCGACACCUACAUCAGGGCCGGACUGGCGCGGCGUGUCCUGGUGAUCGGCGCGGAGACGUUCUCGCGCAUUCUUGACUGGACCGACCGGCGCACCGCCGUGCUCUUCGGCGAUGGCGCCGGCGCCGUUGUCGUCGAGGAGGCCGCCGGCGUCGGGCUGACAUCGGACACGGGCAUUCUGGCGGCCCAUCUGCGUUCGGACGGCCGGCACAAGGACAAGCUCUAUGUCGAUGGCGGGCCGUCGACGACGGGCACCACCGGCCAUCUGCGCAUGGAAGGCCGCGAAGUGUUCAAGCACGCGGUCGGCAUGAUCACCGACGUGAUCGAACAAUCCUUCGCCACAGCCGGCAUUUCGGGCGACCAGAUCGACUGGUUCGUGCCGCACCAGGCCAAUCGCCGGAUCAUCGAAGCAUCGGCGAAGAAGCUCGGCAUUCCCGAAGACAAGGUCGUCAUCACGGUCGACCGGCACGGCAACACGUCCGCCGCCUCGGUCCCGUUGGCGCUUUCCGUUGCCGUCGCCGAUGGCCGCAUCAAGCGCGGCGAUCUGGUUCUGCUUGAGGCGAUGGGCGGCGGAUUCACCUGGGGCGCAUUGUUGGUGCGCUGGUGA